CAGUUGUGCUCACCCCCAUCGCCCCGCCACCGCACGCGUCGUCACCGAGUGUUCUCCACUCUUUCCAUCGUCUCAUAGCGCACAGACCUCGCGCAUCAGAUCCUUUAUAACCUCCAUUUACGACAUUUCUCGACCCGCUUCGCACUUCUUCCGGUUUCCUCAAAACUUUCGCUCUUUUUAUCCACUUUCUUUCCUCGCUUUUCUACAGUACCGCAUCAACACCACAUAGCAUAAACAUCACCAUGCUCACCUAUCAAGCAGCCCUAGCGCUCAUCCCCUUCAUCUCAUUCCUCCCAGCAUAUGCCCUUGAUGCUGAUGCGAUGCGCUCGCGCUCAGUCUACCAAGUCGUCACCGAUCGAUUUGCGCGUAAUUCUUCUUCAACCGGCGAUUGUAAUGUCGCCGACCGCACAUACUGCGGUGGUACUUGGUCCGCUCUCGCCGACAAACUCGACUAUAUUCAGGGAAUGGGCUUUGACACUGUCUGGAUAUCUCCGGUCGUCGAAAACAUUGGCGGCACUACAGGCGAGGGCGAGGCAUAUCACGGUUACUGGACUCUUGAUCCCGAGUCCCUCAACUCCAACUUUGGGUCCGCUGAUGACCUUAAGACUUUGAGUUCUUCAUUGCACGCCAGGGGAAUGUACCUCCAGGUCGACGUCGUCGUUAACCACGUCGCUGCCACGUCUAGUUCUACCUUCCAACCCUCCGAAUCUUACGGUCCUUUCAGUACUUCUGAAGACUACCACCCUUUCUGCUGGAUCACUGACUACAACAACCAGACCAACGUUGAGCAAUGUUGGCUUGGUGACGACUCUGUCGCUUUGGCCGACUUGAACACUGAGAGUGACACUGUUGUUUCUUACUGGAACCAAUGGAUCACAGACCUUGUUUCCAACUACACUUUCGAUGCCAUUCGAAUUGAUACCGUCAAGCAUGUUCGUCAAUCUUUCUGGCCAGAUUUCGUCAACGCUGCCGGUGUCUUCAACCAGGGUGAAGUCCUCCUGGCGGAUGUGCCAUAUGUCGCUGGCUACCAGAAGAAUGCGUCUAUCAACCCUUUCAACUACCCCGUUUAUUAUCCCCUUGUUCGCGCUUUCAACGGCACUGGACAGAGCUUCAGCGAGCUCAUCAACAUGGUUUCUUAUGUAAAUAGCAACUUCACCGACCCUACCCUUCUUGGUACUUUCUUGGACAACCACGAUAACGCCAGGUUUGAGAGCUUUGUCACCGACCCUUCAUUGAUCAAGAAUGCUCAGGCUUAUCCUCUUGUCACCGAUGGAAUUCCCUAUGUUUACUACGGUAGUGAAGCCGGCUUCAACGGUGGCAACGACCCUGAGAACCGAGAGCCCAUGUGGACCAGCAACUACGACACCAGUUCCGACAUGUACAAGUUCUUCACUUCUUUAAACGCUGCCCGUUCUGCUGCUGGCAACGCUUCUAGCACUUUCUAUACUGACAAGAUGACUCUCUCUCAGCCCUCUGAGAGCACCCUUCUCGUUGCCAAGAAGCCCCUUAUGUCUGUUUUCUCUAACAGCGGUUCUUCCGCUUCCAACACCUCUGUUUCCGUCGACUCUUCCUCUUCCGGCUGGGCCGCUUCUACCAACGUCAUUGACGCCCUCACUUGCGAGUCUUUCACUACCGACGAUUCCGGAAACCUCGCAGUGACCAUCUACCAGGGUGAACCCCGGGUUCUCAUCGAGGACAGCCAAAAAGGAUCCUUGUGCGGUGGCUCUAGCUCUAAUUCUUCUUCAACCUCUAACGACAGUGGCGCGGGAAUGACCACAAAGGUCAGCGGCUGGGUCGCACUUGCAGGUGUCUUCGUUGCUGGAUUACAGGUUCUUUUGUAAGAACGUGUUAGAGAAAACAGGUGGGAAGUUGUUGGAAGAAUUACUGAGAGAUUUUUUCGAAAAAUCAGUGUAGCGUAUACGAGAAUCGUACGGUACCAGGUUUAAUACGGCCUUAUUUUACCUGAACCCAAUAGAUGCAUUUCGAUGGACAAUAGUAAUGAUAAGAGAAGUGACAAUUGAUUGACGAUAUCUAUAAGUAC